CUGUGCAAGAGAUCAGAGGCAGAAACAUGGCUCGCCAUCUUACAGAGGAACAGCUUGCAGAGUUCAAGGAGGCCUUCUCUCUGUUCGACAAGGAUGGCGACGGGGCCAUCACCACCAAGGAACUGGGAACCGUCAUGAGGUCUCUCGGGCACAACCCGACUGAGGCUGAACUGCAGGCCAUGAUCAACGAUAUCGAUGCCAAUGGCAGCGGCACCGUGGACUUCCCGGAAUUUCUCUCCCUGAUGGCCAAGCGGACAAGGGAGUCGGCGGGUGAAGAGGAAAUCCGCGAUGCCUUCCGGGUGUUCGACAAGGACGGGAACGGGUACAUCAGCGCAGCCGAGCUGCGGCAUGUCAUGACCAACCUUGGGGAGAAGCUCACGGACGAAGAGGUGGACGAGAUGAUCAAGGAGGCGGACAUGGAUGGGGACGGGAAAGUGAACUACGAAGAGUUUGUACGGGUGAUGAUGGAGAAGUGAAGGACUCUCC